GAAAAGAGUUAGAAACCUGCUAUUUGGAGACUAUUCUCCUAAGUAGACAUCCAGGAGAUCUCCAGAGAUCUAUUUCAGCCUCACGUCUAUAGUGCUCCACUCCCGUCUCUGGGACCUCCUUCCAAGCCUCUGACAUGCCUUCCGCAAGUUUUCUACUGGAACUUUCUUAACCACACCAGAAGGUGUCAACAAAAGGUUUUCAGACUUCAUCAUGCAAAGGAGGAAGCCCAAACUGAAAUGAGUUAAGAACUUCAUCUCCGAGAGAGGAUUGUGGCUUCGCCCUGAGUUGAGCACCAUGAAGAAGAACAAUAGGAACUCUACCAUAAGGAUCAAUGAGCAAGAUGCCAUCUCCAUCCCACCCUCCCAAGAUCCAGGAGAUCUUCAAAAUAUGUUGAAUGGAGGAGAGUAUGCCCCUUUUGUAUCUCCUCCCAUAUUAGAGAGCAAUUUUAUCCAGGUUAACAGGAGAGGUGAAUCCAUUUACCUUCAUAACCGAGCCAACUGGGUGACUGUAGGCAUCUGCUCUUCCAGUAAAACCCACAAGACCCCCAAUGUGAUGCUUCUGGCACAUCUGACCCCUGAAGCUCAGAAAGAUACAGAACCCCUGUUUCAACGUCUCCUGACAUCUCCUUCGCCAGAGAACCUGGUGCUCACCAGGUUUCUCCCUCUGCAGUUUGUGACUCUUUCUGUGCACGAUGCUGAGAAUAUGCGCCUCAAAGUAAAGCUGGUGAGUGGUCGAGCCUACUACCUACAGCUCUGCGCCCCUGCGUGUAAACAGGACACCCUCUUUUGUCAGUGGGUGGAACUCAUCUCCCUCUUGAAUGAGGAGAAAGCCAAAGCUUCCAAACUGUCAGAAGUCUCAAGCCUCUCAGAAGUCACAAACAGCACAGACAUCACAGGCUCGACGGACAUCAUGGAUAUUGCAGCGUUCACAGCUCUACAGAGCCCACCCCUGUGCACAUGUUCAGACCCCGUACAUGCCACAGAAAGCACUGAUUUCUCAGAUUUCACAGAUGAUGUCACCGAUGUCACCGAUGUCACAGAUGUUCCAGAAAAUGAGGUCAGAGAGACCCCAGAUAUAAAUAUUGUCACAGAAGUCACAGAAGUCACAGACCUCUGUGACGUCCCAAACUGCUCAGAGGUCACAGUGGUGUUUGAAAAUGAUGACAUACUAAGGGCCAAGCAAGAGGAAAAGGAAAAACUAGGAAACACUCUGAAGUCUGGGUGUCUACGAGAUGCAAAAACUAAGAACGAGCUCAGAGAACCCUCAAAACAUGUCACCAUCUCAAAUGUAACACUGACUUUCCAAGGUGAACGAUGUUUUCAUACUACCUUGACUCAAGAAGAAAGUGAGACAAGUUCAUUCAAAGGGAUGAGUGCCAGAUCCUCUGAAAUAAGGACAACUGAAUUUAAAAGCACAUCUCUUGAGGCUGAAGAAUCCAGGAGCACAAGAACUGAUUCAGUCACCUCAGGCUUACAUAGUUUUUCCAUUUUCCCUCUGAUUGGCAUUUCCUUCCCCGUUUCCACACUCCUCUGAAUCACUUUUCCCCCCUUUGGUACUUACUCACAUUUUACACUUCUUACCCCGAGAAGAGCAAAGAUUAGAAUCUUAGUCCCUUGUCCCAUUGAAUUUAGACUGAAUGUAGAUGAAAAAUGAGUCGGUGAAUCUGAUUUCUAUUCUAGGCAGCAGAAACUAGGAACUGCUCCCCACUGCAAUUAAACAAAACCCUGGU